UCGCGCGCCACGGAGCGGAGCUGUCGACAGGUACACGACACAGCUGACUGGGCGCGCGCAGCCGUUCGCUCUCCGUGGUGCUGAACGUUCUCCUAACCGCUACCUGCCUCACUGUAGGUCGUCACGAAAGAUAAGGGAGAGUGGAGCUUCUUCCACUGGAAAAUAGCCAUACAAUUUAGACUUUUCCGCAUAAUCAUUGACGUUGUUUCUCUCAUAAUCUUAUCAUAUCGUGGACACAUUUCAAACGUUAUCAAGAGGGUGAUUUUUAUAUUUUUUAUUUUAGCAAUUGACUGGGAUCUGUAGCCUACAAGAUGGCACUGAAUGGAUGUACAUUGCAUAAGGCAAAGGAAGAUUUAUCAGACUGUUUUGUGACUGUGAACCCAUACCAUAUCAGAUUGGUCGCCUAAUUCUGCAAUAUAAUCGUUUUUUUCUCAGCUCAUUCUAUACACCUGGCAUUGGAUGUCUAAACCUCGAGGCACAUAAAUUCGGAUUCAGAUUUUACCGAAUAUGUUUAGCAAUAUUCCAUAUUUGAAUUAUUUAUCGUAAUAUAAAAGAAAUCGAGCAGAAAUCAAGAAGAAUUUGGAAUCAUGGAAUCCGAUCCCGAACCCGUUAAGCAUCGGGCUUUCCCGCCCAGUAAAGAAGGGCUGAAGAAAUUGGCUGGAAAGACCUUCGGCCAUCUGUACAGGGUGGUGGAGAAACGUCAGAAGACAGGUGAGGUGAUCGAGUUAACGGAGGACGGCCGGCCCUCGGAGCAGCAGGAGAAGAAACCGCCUUUAUGUGACUGCACGUGCUUCGGCCUCCCGCGCCGUUACAUCAUCGCCAUCAUGAGCGGCCUCGGAUUCUGCAUCUCCUUCGGCAUCCGGUGUAACCUGGGCGUGGCUAUCGUGGGCAUGGUCAAUAACAGUACCAUACACAAGGAUGGCAAGAUCAUCAUCACAGAGAAAGCGAAGUUCAACUGGGAUCCAGAGACGGUGGGGAUGAUCCACGGUUCAUUCUUCUGGGGUUACAUCGUCACACAAAUACCCGGAGGGUGGAUAUGCUCACGACUAGCAGCAAACAGAGUGUUCGGGUUGGCCAUCUUCCUCACGUCCACCCUCAACAUGCUCAUCCCCUCCGCUGCCCGCGUGGACUAUCGCUGCGUCAUCUGUGUCCGCAUACUACAAGGUCUGGUGGAGGGAGUGACCUACCCUGCCUGUCAUGGCAUCUGGAGUAAGUGGGCCCCACCACUGGAGAGGAGCCGUCUGGCCACCACCUCAUUCUGUGGAUCCUAUGCUGGUGCCGUGAUAGCCAUGCCUCUGGCUGGGAUCUUGGUCCAGUACUCUGGCUGGUCCUCCGUCUUCUAUCUGUACGGCUGCUUUGGGAUGUUCUGGUACAUGUUCUGGAUCCUGGUGUCCUAUGAGAGCCCAGAGGUUCACCCCACCAUCACCGCCGAGGAGAGACGUUACAUCGAGGAGAGCAUCGGAGAGGGUCAAGAACUAUUCGGUCCUGCUAGCAAAUACAAGACUCCAUGGAGGAAGUUCUUCACCUCAAUGCCCGUCUAUGCUAUCAUCGUGGCCAACUUCUGCAGGAGCUGGACUUUCUACCUGCUCCUCAUCAGCCAGCCGGCCUACUUCGAGGAGGUGUUCGGCUUUGAGAUCAGCAAGGUGGGCAUGGUGUCGGCCCUGCCUCACUUGGUGAUGACCAUCAUCGUACCCAUCGGAGGACAGCUGGCUGACUGGCUACGCACCAGAAACAUCCUGUCUACUACCACCGUCAGGAAGAUCAUGAACUGUGGAGGGUUUGGAAUGGAGGCCACUCUGCUUCUCGUGGUUGGUUUCUCUCACACCAAGGGUGUGGCCAUCUCUUUCCUGGUUAUGGCUGUGGGCUUCAGUGGCUUCGCUAUAUCAGGUUUCAAUGUGAACCACCUGGAUAUCGCCCCUCGCUAUGCCAGUAUCCUGAUGGGUAUAUCUAACGGUGUGGGAACCCUGUCAGGGAUGGUGUGCCCACUCAUCGUGGGGGCCAUGACCAAAAACAAGACUCGAGAGGAGUGGCAAUGGGUGUUCCUCAUCGCUGCCCUGGUUCACUACGGAGGGGUCAUCUUCUACGGGAUCUUUGCGUCGGGCGAGAAGCAGCCAUGGGCCGACCCGGAGCUGACCAGCGACGAGAAGUGUGGCUUCAUCGACGAGGACGAGCUGGCAGAGGAGACGGGUGACAUCACACAGGGCUAUAGUGGUGGCAUGGCGGCAGUAGGCGCAGGGAAGAGUUACGGGGCCACUACAACUGGGCUCAACGGGGGCUGGGUGGCACCAGACAGCUGGGAGAAUGUAGAGGAGGAACCAGCUGGGCAGACCUGGGCAGAUUGAGACUACUCAUAGAACAGGGCCGUAUGUAUCGAGUGUAUCAGCGCAGAAGUGCAGAUUUUGGAUCGUGUUUUGCCUUUUAUAUCAUAAUAAAUAAUAUUAGGUGGCUGAUCCUAGAUCAGCUAUCCUACUCUGAGAUGCUUGAUACAUAUGGCCCCAGAUAUAAUCAUGUUAUGGCAGCGGUGGGGGUGUUCUAGCCUGGUUUCUGAUCUGUUUGUGCUGUCUUGCCAACGCCUACAAUGACCAUAGACCACUGCUACAAUGACCACGGCACAAACAGAUCUGGGACCAGGCUAGGGUAGUUCACCCACUAAAAGAGAGAGAGAGAGAGAGAGAGAGAGAGAGAGAGAGAGAGAGAGAGAGAGAGAGAAAUGCCAUUGUGGUUUGCACAAAUUAGCAUAAAAAAAUUAGAUACUGUAUGUAAAAUAUUUACGUAUAUUGAGAAAGAAAAUGUAAAAUAAUAAAAUCACGCGUUGGUUCCACACAAGCAGGUUAAAAUAUCAGUGUAAAAUAUAUUUCCAGUUAUAUAAUCCCCAUGUCGCACAUCUAGAGCCUUCGAUCCUAGCAGUUUAAGGGCAACGGUAGGCCUAGUUAUUAUACCUUCAAGGCUCCCUAACCUCAUAAAAAAUGUACUUGAAACAACAAACGAGCCAGAUAUUGUGAACUUCAUAGGUCUAUAAAACCCUUGUCUGAAAUAUCACUUUCUGAUUGCACUGAUACUGUAAGUAUUAAAAAAAAAAAAACUUAAAAAAAAAAAAAAAAUAGAUAUUAUUAUAUUUCUUAUCAAUGGCGUUUUAUGUACUUUAUAGAUAUACUGUUUCUGUGAGACUAUUGUGGAUUUGGGUCGUCGAUCUGUGUGACAAAUUGAUGUAAAAAGGCCAUAUUUUUCACGGACAUAAUCUUUUCAGGGAGUUGUAUGAUCCGCUUACAAAACAAAGUCUUGUUCUUGAGCAAGGCCUAAACAACUAAGGAAAAGACUUAAACUAGUGUGUGUGUGUGUGUGUGUGUGUGUGUGUGUGUGUGUGUGUGUGUGUGUGUGUGCGUGUGUGUGUG